CCGGAGCCGGGAGCGCGGCCCGAGCGUGGCGCGGGCUGUGGGGCCGCCGCGUGCCCGGCCCCGCUCGCCCGUGCCCGCCCGCCAUGCCCGGCUUCGACUACAAGUUCCUGGAGAAGCCCAAGCGGCGGCUGCUGUGCCCGCUGUGCGGGAAGCCCAUGCGAGAGCCCGUGCAGGUUUCUACCUGCGGCCACCGCUUCUGCGACACCUGCCUGCAGGAGUUCCUCAGUGAAGGAGUCUUCAAAUGCCCUGAGGACCAGCUUCCUCUGGACUAUGCCAAGAUCUACCCGGACCCAGAGCUGGAGGUACAGGUAUUGGGCCUGCCUAUCCGCUGCAUCCACAGCGAGGAGGGCUGCCGCUGGAGUGGGCCACUUCGUCACCUACAGGGUCACCUGAAUACCUGCAGCUUCAAUGUAGUUCCCUGCCCCAAUCGCUGCCCCACCAAGCUGAGCCGCCGAGAUCUGCCUGCACACUUGCAACACGACUGCCCUAAGCGGCGCCUCAAGUGCGAGUUUUGUGGCUGUGACUUCAGUGGGGAGGCCUUUGAGAGCCACGAGGGCGUGUGUCCCCAGGAGAGUGUGUACUGUGAGAACAAGUGUGGUGCCCGCAUGAUGCGGCGGCUGCUGGCCCAGCAUGCCACCUCCGAGUGCCCCAAGCGCACCCAGCCUUGCACCUACUGUACCAAGGAGUUCGUCUUUGACACCAUCCAGAGCCACCAGUACCAGUGCCCGAGGUUGCCUGUGCCCUGCCCCAACCAGUGUGGCGUGGGCACCGUGGCUCGGGAGGACCUGCCAGGCCACCUGAAGGACAGCUGUAGCACUGCCCUGGUGCUGUGUCCAUUCAAAGACUCCGGCUGCAAGCACAGGUGCCCUAAGCUGGCAAUGGCACGGCAUGUGGAGGAGAGUGUGAAGCCCCAUCUGGCCAUGAUGUGUGCCCUGGUGAGCCGUCAGCGGCAGGAACUUCAGGAGCUGCGGCGAGAGCUGGAGGAGCUGUCGGUGGGCAGUGAUGGUGUGCUCAUCUGGAAGAUUGGCAGCUAUGGGCGCCGGCUACAGGAGGCCAAAGCCAAGCCCAACCUCGAGUGCUUCAGCCCAGCCUUCUACACACACAAGUAUGGCUACAAGCUGCAGGUGUCUGCAUUCCUCAAUGGCAACGGCAGUGGUGAAGGCACACACCUCUCGCUGUACAUUCGCGUGCUGCCAGGUGCCUUUGACAAUCUCCUCGAGUGGCCCUUUGCCCGCCGCGUCACCUUCUCCCUGCUGGAUCAGAGCGACCCUGGGCUGGCUAAGCCACAGCAUGUCACUGAGACCUUUCACCCUGACCCAAACUGGAAGAAUUUCCAAAAACCAGGCACUUGGCGGGGCUCCCUGGAUGAGAGUUCUUUGGGUUUCGGUUACCCCAAAUUCAUCUCCCACCAGGAUAUCCGCAAGCGAAACUAUGUGCGGGAUGAUGCAGUCUUCAUCCGUGCCUCAGUUGAAUUGCCACGAAAGAUCCUCAGCUGAGCACAGACAGGGCUCCAGGACAAAGGGGGGUGGAACAUGACCUGUCAGGCACUGGCUGAACCUGGAGAAGGGGGCAGGACCCCCUUUCAGCUGCUUCUGCAGCCUAGGUUCUGUUACCCUAUUUCCCCUCCCCCCUUCCUUACCACCCUCAGGUGCCUCCUAUUGGUGCUUCAGCCCUGGCCAAGCAGGUCUUAGGGUCAUCAAGGGCUUGGAAACAAGUGAUCCUAAGGCUUGUCUCCUCUCCUGGGCAGGGCAGACAUGCCUUGGUGCCGGCCACAUUCUACCUGGACUGAGGUGCCUGCUGGUGCUAUGUCCCAAGAGCCAUAGCGGGGAGGGGGAGUUGGGUAGUUAAGAAUCUGUCUUGAAAUCUGAUUUCUCUUCCCUCUGUGUCUUCUGGUUAUUUAUUUACUUAGUGCCAGGAGGGCACAGCAGGGAGCCCUGAUUUUUAAUAAAACCUGAAUUGUAUUUAUUAA